AUGAAGAGGAACAUAGCAAAAUUUAUGUCAAAAUGUGCUACGUGUCAAAAAGUUAAGAUAGAACACCAAAUGCCCAGUGGUGUGAUGCAAGAGCUUAGCAUUCCUACUUUGAAAUGGGAAGAAGUGAAUAUGGAUUUCGUGGUUGGUUUACCUUCUUCUCGUUGCCAUCAUGAUUCAAUUUGGGUUGUAGUAGAUCAGUUAACGAAAUCAGUUCAUUUCUUGCCUGUGCAUUCAUCUUUUACAGCUGAAGACUAUGCUAGAUUGUAUAUUCGGGAACUCGUCAAACUUCCUGGAAAAAUGCCUCCACAUCGAGCUCGCAGAAACAACAACCAACGUCAACUCGUUGAUCCGUUACAUGAGACGGUAUCCCUUGCUGAAUUUCAAGCAGCUUUUCAGACACUAGCCCAGGUAGUUACCGCCAAUACUCAGGCCAACGUUCCACCUCCGCAGGAAAAUAAUUCGGCAGCAGCACAAAUUUGUGACUUUAUGUGGAUGAAUCUACCAGAGUUUAUGGGACGAGAGCAGGUUUCACCUAUGAAAAGGUUGAAAAGGUUUGGAAAGAAAGGGAAACUUAGUCCCUGUUACGUUGUCCCUUAUAAGAUUCUAAGCCGUAUUAGGAAGGUAGCUUAUGAGGUUGAUUUGCCCGCGGAGUUGUCUAAUGUUCUCCCGAUUUUCCAUGUAUCCAUUCUUAAGUGA